CUUGCAUCCCGGGGCGACCCCGCUGAGCCCCGGGCCGCAGAGAGGGACCCGCGCCCGGUGAUGGCUCGGCUGACGCAGCGCCGCGCUGGGUGCCCGCUUUCCGCCCGCUGAGACGCGCCCGGCAGGGCACCGGCGGAGCCGAGGCUCUCCACGCCGCACCCUUCCCCCUUCUAGGGGCUCUGCUGCAGCUUCCUGGGAGCGAGGGGAUAGGGGGCAGAGACAAAGCCCACUUUGUGCGGGGAGUUGGCCGCGGGCGAGGAAUGCGCGCGUCGGCGCGUGCCCCCUCUCCGCACCCCGCCAGAUGCAAGUCCUGGCUCCGGGACUGGCCGCGGUGAAGAAAUCGCGUCCCCUCGCCGCCCCGGGUCGGGGUGGUCCAGGCUCAGAGCUGAUGCGACCUGAAGCCCCCUCGGUACCCCCUCCCCUCCUAAGCGCUCAGGUGUGAGUGUGCGGUAUUUGUAGAGGAAUUUGUUCUCUCCAAAACUAGGACCUGGGCAGCCCCGAGUAGGCACCGGUGCCUUGACCCUCUCUGUGGCCACGGGUCUGAGCUCUCUGACCUCAGUUGCCCGCCCCGCGCCCUGACUUUCCUCCUCUUUGCAAACCCAGACUGCUGCCCGGUUAUUGUUCUCCCUGUCAAAUGGGGGUGCUUUCUGAAGGCCGCCAAGUUGGGGUGUGUUCUCUUUAUCCCGUUUUUCAAAGGAUACAAGGCCUCUAAGGCUUACCCCAGACCACCAACCCCCUCUGCCCUUCCACUUCCCAUUGAGGCACUGAUUUUUUUUUUUUUUUCUUAUCGAAUAGUAUUUUAUUGUACUGGAGCCACGCCCUGGUUUCUUAAAGGCGCCUUGCACUCUGUUUGGCCAUGUGUUAUCUCUGCAGCUGGUGUGUGGGAGGCCUCCUGUGAGCCACCUAUUUUUUCCUGCCUCCCAUACUUCCUUCCACCCCCCGUCAAGGAUUCGGGGAUGCCAGGAGGGAAGAAGGUGGUGGGGGGCGCUGCUGCCCCCACUACUGCCGCUGCAGCCUCCUCUGGGGUCAGGCAUUUGGAGACCAACGAAGGAGCUUCGGUCCAGAGAGAUGACGAGCCAGAGGAAGAAGGGGAAGAGGACCUGCGAGAUGGAGGUGUCCCCUUCUUUGUUAACCGGGGUGGGCUGCCCGUGGACGAGGCCACCUGGGAAAGGAUGUGGAAGCACGUGGCCAAGAUCCACCCCGAUGGAGAAAAGGUGGCCCAGCGGAUCCGUGGAGCCACGGACCUGCCCAAGAUCCCCAUACCGACUGUGCCUACGUUCCAGCCCUCCACACCCGUUCCUGAGCGCCUGGAAGCCGUGCAGCGCUACAUCAGGGAGCUGCAAUACAAUCACACAGGGACCCAGUUCUUUGAAAUUAAGAAGAGCAGGCCCCUCACAGGGCUGAUGGACCUGGCCAAGGAAAUGACCAAAGAGGCUCUGCCAAUCAAAUGCCUGGAAGCUGUGAUCUUGGGAAUUUACCUCACCAACAGCAUGCCGACCCUGGAACGCUUCCCCAUCAGCUUCAAGACCCACUUCUCAGGGAACUACUUCCGCCACAUUGUGCUGGGGGUGAACUUCGGGGGCCGCUACGGGGCGCUGGGCAUGAGCCGGCGCGAGGACCUGAUGUACAAGCCGCCCGCCUUCCGCACGCUCAGCGAGCUGGUGCUGGACUACGAGGCCGCCUACGGGCGGUGCUGGCACGUGCUGAAGAAGGUGAAGCUGGGCCAGUGCGUGUCGCACGACCCGCACAGCGUGGAGCAGAUCGAGUGGAAGCACUCCGUUCUGGACGUGGAGAAGCUGGGCCGCGAGGACUUCCGCAAGGAGCUGGAGCGGCACGCCCGCGACAUGCGGCUCAAGAUCGGCAAAGGGACCGGCCCGCCCUCCCCGACCAAGGACCGGAAGAAGGACGUGUCCUCCCCACAGCGGGGCCAGUCCAGCCCCCACCGCAGGAACAGCCGCAGUGAAAGGCGGCCUUCGGGGGAGAAGAAGCCUCCGGAGCCCAAAGCCAUGCCGGACCUCAACGGGUACCAGAUCCGGGUGUGAGGCGGUGGCAGCACCCCGGCCUCACCCACUCCUGGGGCCAGGAUCACCUGUCAGAGCCAGCCUGGCCCGUGGACGGGAGGGCUGGUGGCGGGGCCAGUGAGAGGCUGCAGGAAGAGCGUGUUCUAGCUCAGGCACCCGAGCUGCUGCCCCUCCCGCUGGGCCAGGCCUCAUAGCUUCGGCCGAGAAGCAGUUAGUAUUUUAUUUAGAGUUUUUAACUUGACAACUAAAGUUUACGGUUUUUGGAGAAAAACUCAAAAUGGAAUAGAUCUGCCGAUGGCUGGCAGGCCAGUGUUUAGGAGAUUCUAACUGCCCCCGGGCUGGGCAGGGAGGGCCUUUGGCUCUGCGGGUCCCCCUGCCCCUGGCGACUGUCUGGGAUUUGGGCCCAUCGCUGUGCAGGAGCUCUCCCAGCCCGCUGCGCCUGUGGCGGGGCACAAAGCAAUGGGGGUGUUCCUCGGCUUGCAUCUGCCCUGGCAGCAUCUCGACCCAGGGAAGACGAAGCAGGGUAGAAAGCAUCCUGGGAGAGGUCUGCGUGGCCCACGUGGGGUGGCACAGGUGACACCUCUCCCAAGUGUGGAAGGCCGUGGCCCAGGAAGCCCCGUGGACGGACGGUACCACCAUGUAGACACUGCCCACUGGCACGCCCCGUGCUGGGGGCUGCCGGAGCGCCCAGGAGAGAACCACGGUGGGUAGAGUUCCGGGUGCCCAGCCCUUUCCGCUCAGGCCAGCUCUGCCUGCUGCUGAACCUGGGGCUCCCUGCAGAAGCGCUAGGCUUUGCUGAGGGCUCCGCCUUGCACUGGGCUCAGUGUGAUUGUGGGGACUGAGCAGAGUGGGUGGGUCCAGGAACAGUGGCCGGAGACAGGGUGGUGCGCUCAGGCCUGGGUCUGACCCCAGCAGGUGGGCCCUGCCACCUGGCUUUCUAUCGCCUCAGCCCUUGCUGGGUGAAUGAUGACCAGACCAGAAUGCUUGUGCCCAGGCCCACCUCCCCUCAGUCAGCAGCCUGUUUCGGUCUGGGGGUCCCAGUGACCAUCAGGCCUGCUGUCAGGGACGAACCUGAACAGCCAGCGUCUGUGCAGCCUUCCUGUCUGGCACGAGGGAACUGGCAGGCAGGUGAGAGGUUGUGGGAAGCGGUUGAUGGGGCAAUGAGGAGGAGGAGGAGCAGGGUAAGGAGACAGCGUGGCCCCCGAGGAGGGCAGAGCCUGAGAGCUGGGAGGGGUAAGUGAGAAAAGGAUGUGGGGGGAGUUUAGAGUCGGCUGCCUUGGGAAGGAGUGAGUUCCUGUUGCUGGAGGUAUUCAAGUGACGACUAGAUGGCUGCUUGUCAGGAAGCUGUUGAGAGGAGUCGGGUUAUGGAAGUGUAGCUGGAUGGUUCCUUUUUACUGAGAGGCUAUGAUUCAGCCAGGGGCAGUAAGGCUGCAAGGGGGCUGGGAGCCUGGGAAGGGAAGGUCAGAACUACAGUUAGAAACUGAAAUGCCUUACAGAGCCGGGCAGGUGAUUAAAAGGAGGACUGCAGGGCUGGGUGAGGACUGCGGCAAACUACAGAGGGCAUUAACCCCAUUAAAGCAGCUACAGCUGCUCAGUUUUUCUCAGAGUGCAGGCCCUGCAUUGCCAGAUGUUCUGAUUUUUUAGAGGCCAGAACUCUGAAUUUUUCUGUGAGAUACCCUGAUUUUUAAACGUUGGCAGUCAGUUCAGGAAAUUUAAAAAACCAACAUGAAGGAGCAUGUGGGUCUGUAAUCUCUGCAGCACAGAGUUGUGCUGGGGAAUGGGAGGUAUGGAAGUUCCAGGCUUGCCAGGGCAG